AUGGAUUCUAAUGAGCUCAUAUUAGACUCAGAGCUUGAUAGAACCUCAGAGGCAAGAGGGAGUUCGCUUGAACAGGAGUCUCUAUGGACCAAACUGCAUAAUCAUGCUUACCUAACGUUUAUGUUCAUAGGUAUCGGACUUCUAUGGCCUUGGAACUGUAUACUGAGUGCUUCAGUUUACUUUAAGCAUGAUGUCUUUCAUGAUACUACACUUUGGGCCAAGAUAUUCACUAGUUCGAUGAUGACCGUUUCAACCCUAUCGUCAAUGCUCUUCAACAUAUGGCUGUCGAGAAGACAGCAUAGUUAUUCACAGAGAGUUACAAGAGGUUUGUUUUGGGAAAUUGUUGUCUUCUUCGCAUUGGGAGUCGUCACAUUGAUGCACACGCUAGUUCCCCUGUGGUUAACCUUUGCGUUCGUGUUAACGUUGGUCGCCGUCAGCUCCGUGGCCACCGCUAUGACGCAAAAUGGCGCCAUGGCCAUUGCCAACGUCUACGGUUCCGAGUAUAGCCAGGCGGUUAUGGUAGGACAAGCAAUUGCGGGCGUCUUACCUUCAAUAGUGUUGCUUGUCAUAUCAUUCUUCAGUGAUCCUUCCAAGCAAAGUGUCAGUGGAAUCCUAAUGUACUUCCUAACAACAGCCAUUGUUGCCAUAAUCGCAGUGAUUCUUUACCGGGUUAAUAAGAUAGAUGCAAGAUUGAACAGCACAAAAUCCACAGCGCUCGUGACGCAUACGAUCCCGUUCAGCACUUUGUUCAGGAAACUAAAGUAUCUAGUACUGUCCAUUUUCACUACCUUCGUAGUGACUUUGAUAUUUCCCGUCUUUGCAGCUAACAUCCCGGUCAAGGGCCUGCCGCUAUCGGACUCACAAUUCUCGCCGCUUAUAUUCUCUGUUUGGAAUCUAGGUGAUUUGCAUGGUAGAGUUCUAGCCGACUGGCCCAUGUUCAGGAGUCGCCGCUUUAGCCCCUUCAAGACGUUCGUUUACUCGCUAUGCCGCUUGCUGUUCGUUCCUAUAUUCUUCUAUUUCAGCAUGAAUACUAGUUCCGCAGCUUUGCUUGCCAUCCUACAGGAUUUGGGGUAUGCUUUAUUACAAUACGGCUUCGGACUCACCAAUGGACAUGUCAUAUCCAUCAGUUUCAUGAAGGUGCCAGAACAGUUGGCCAGCGACGACGAAAGAGAGGCUGCUGGUGGAUUUACAAACAUUUUCGUCUCGACAGGUCUGACUCUCGGAAGCGUUGUCAGCUAUCUCUUCGUCUUCGCCAUCGGCUCGUUUAAGAAAUGA